CAUCACCAGCACUUUGUGCACUAUUUGCGAGCUCAGAUGCUAUGGCGAGGAUAGAAUGGGCUUUCUACGCCCUAAUCCCGACUUUCAUUCUGCUACACCUAUGGGUCUCACCGUACACUAAAGUCGAGGAAUCGUUCAACAUCCAGGCCAUCCAUGACAUCUUGAUCCAUGGUGUACCGAACGAAAAUGCAGACCAGUUCUUCACCGCGAACUAUGACCACAUGUCAUUCCCCGGAAGUGUGCCGAGGACUUUUGUGGGCGCCUUGGUUCUCAGCGGUCUAUCGAGACCAUUCGUGUGGUUGCUCAACUCUCCAGCGCAAUUGCAGUUUCUUGUCCGUGCCAUUCUUGGAUUGUUGAAUGCCGUAGCUCUAGUAGCUUUCGGAAGAAGUAUUGCAAAGAUUUUCGGCAAGAGCGCUGGUAUCUGGUUUGCACUAUUCCAAGCAAGCCAAUUUCACGUCAUCUACUAUGCAUCUCGGACAUUGCCGAACAUGUUUGCAUUUAUAUUUACGAACGUAGCAUUACGAGGUCUAGUAAAUGCUCAUGCUGCGUCCUUUGAUGGCAAAAGCAUAUCGCGAAGCUACAGACUUUCUCUAUAUCUUCUGACCUUUGCCGGUGUGGUAUUCCGCUCUGAACUUGCCUUACUGGUCGCUACAAUUACACUCUAUCUGCUUGCGACUCGCAGCCUGUCGAUCGUGGGAGUAAUCAUUCCUGCCGGGCUCGCCGGAGCCGUUAUUGGACUCCUUACCACUGUGUUGGUUGAUUCGUUCUUCUGGCAGUCAACUCCACUAUGGCCCGAGUGGACGGCAUUCUAUUACAAUACCAUCCAGGGACAUUCCGCUGACUGGGGCGUCUCACCAUGGCAUUUUUACUUCGUCAACGCCCUACCACGGCUGAUGAUGAAUCCCAUUACGUACCUUUUUUGCAUACCUGCUGCGCUGCUUCCUGCUGCCACCCGUACAAGAAGCCUAGACCUCCUCGUUCCGGCUCUAGCCUUCGUUGGCCUUUUCAGCUUCCUUCCGCAUAAAGAAUGGCGCUUUGUGAUCUACGUUACUCCUGCCUUGACAGCUGUCGCCGCCACUGGAGCUUCUUGGAUUUGGACGCGACGAGGCAAGACCUGGCUAUAUGCCGCGCUUAGCCUGGCCUUGGUAGGAUCUGUACUGCUUUCCUUCGUAGCAUCAACAACUUUGCUGGCCAUCUCUAGCCUCAAUUACCCUGGUGGUGAAGGCAUCCAUUACCUCCACAAAAACAUCGACAGCGCUUAUGGCGUUCACUGGGACCACACAAACGUCUACUUCGACAAUCUCGCGUGCCAAACAGGUGUCACUCGGUUCUUAGAAAAUCACGAAGGACCGCAGACGAUCGUCGAUAUCCUAGAAGCCCAAGACUUGCUCAGUAAGCGAAAAUGGACCUACGACAAGACGGAAGAUCCAGAGGUGCUAUUGGAUCCCAUGUUCUGGAGCAAAUUCCACUACGUACUGGCUGAGAAUCCAGCCAAGAUCAUUGGCGCAUGGAGUACAGUGCAUGUGGUAUACGGAUUUGGCGGGGUGCGAAUAUUAAAACCUGGCGAAGAAAGCGGGUCUUUGGUUGAGCCGCUGGACGUGGUCGCAAGAACGAGGGUCGCCGAUGAACACUGGACGAAGAAAGUGGCGCAACUAUGGCGCAUGGCGGAGGGAUUGGUGAGAUAUCGGUUUCUCAGAGGUUAUUGGGUGGAGGUUCGGAUGGAGCCCAAGAUUCGCAUUCUAGAGAACCAGGCCCUUUACUCGUAGAGGAAAAAGUUCGGCGUUCAUGAAGUUCUGCGGCCUCAGCAUGGGUGCGUCGCCUCCAGGACCAUCGCAACUGCGCAUUCUACACAGUGGCUGACAGCAAAAUCUAUAUCUGUUAUAAA